AUGUCGGCAGACACACCGGCGCCGACUGCGGCGACAACGACGCUUGUGACGACGACCAGCCCUACCGAGCCACUUGUCACACAAUUCAAGCCGUCUUCUGAAUGCAAUGGCCGAUUUCGAGUUGCAAAGACGUCCACCUUUACGACCACGUCCAGAAAAGGCAUGACGGGGUACUUUCCAUACACGCUCUUCUUCUCCGACCUGUCCAAGGAUAAGACGUGCCAGCCGCCCGACUUUAUAAAAACUACGGGUAUAGAAACUCGCUAUCUUACAUUCAGUCCAGCAGUCUGUCCUAGCGGAUGGACCGCGUACGGAAUGCAUGUACACACUUGGGCAGACCCAGCACUCCACACAAUGUCAGAAGCAACCUGCUGCUUUAGUGGAUUUACAAUUGCAACGGCGGGAAACCCAUUCUUUCCAACACAAGGGUCCUAUAGCGCGCCGAUAUGUGAAUCUGUUCGUGCCGUUGCGACAGCGCCACGCGCAGCCCGUGAUAGAUUCUAUCACCACGCAUGGGUCGUGGACUGGGAGGCCGCUGAUACACCGCUCCUCAACCCUAGACCACCAGAGUUGCAGACAAACUGUAGCUAUCCUCUUGAGAUUUCGUCCUGGAUACCAGGUCAAGCAGUCAACGCACAGGCGAUCAAGGGAGGCUGUGCGGCAGGAGGCUCACCGCUGGCUGGCCCUGGAGGUGGAUCUUCAGGAUCAAGCGGCGUCUCGCUUACAAGCGUCGCGAUUGCAGUGCCGUUGGUCGUUGCGUUCUUGGCCAUUGGUUUCAUAUCGUGGUGCUGCUGUGGGUGUUGCCAGCGAACCGGAUACCACCAUACGACGAAUAAUUAUUGGUGGAACAACGAUCCGCAACCAGAGAGUGUCCCAAUGGGCGAAUAUGGAGGUGGUUAUGAGGGUGGAUGUGAGGGCGGAUACGAUGGAGGUGGUGGGUAUGACGGCGGCGGUGGUGACAGCGGAGGAGGAGGUGGUGGCAACGACUAA